UCCAAUCGGCCAUGAGAAAUUUAGAAAGCCAGCUAUCGGGACAACUGGUGCAAACGGAGGAACAGAGAAUUGCGAUUCGUAAAAAGCACGCCCCCAGAUUUGCCCGUUUGGCUUUAGAAAGCACUUCCCUUUGCGAUCUCGUUCUGUGGGGUAUGCCUAAACAAAUAAAGGAAAUCGGCCGAGGGCAAUACGGGGUAGUUUCUUCUUGCGAACCUUGGGCGAAUAUUAAACCUUGCGCUUUCAAAUCAGUCGUCCCUCCAGACGAAAGAUACUGGAACGAUUUGGCGAUGGAAUUUUAUUAUACCAGGGCGAUUCUGGAACAUCCUCGGAUAGUGAAACUUCGUGGCUCCGUAAUAGAUUACACAUACGGAGGAGGCAGUUCUCCCGCGGUACUCUUAAUUAUGGAGAGGAUGACUCGCGAUUUAUAUUGCGGACUGCGUAAUGGAUUAUCGUGGAUUGCGAGAUUGCGAAUCGCUAUUGAUGUCGUGGAGGGUAUCAGAUAUUUGGAUUCGCAAGGAUUGGUGCAUCGAGAUAUUAAAUUGAAAAAUGUUUUGCUGGACAAUGAAGACAGGGCGAAAUUGACGGAUUUCGGAUUUUGCAUACCCGAGGCCAUGAUGUCGGGUAGCAUAGUAGGCACCCCGGUCCAUAUGGCUCCAGAGCUGCUUAGCGGGAGAUACGAUUCUAGCGUAGACGUUUACGCGUUCGGAAUAUUAUUUUGGUAUCUUUGCGCGGGUCAAGUUCGACUGCCCACGCACUUUGACCAAUUCCAAAACAAAGAACAGCUGCGGAACAGCGUCAGGAAAGGUAUUCGACCGGAAUGUUUGCCGCAAUUCGACCGAGCCUGUUGGAAUCUCAUGGAACAGUGUUGGGCCGCGGAACCAUCUGACCGGCCUCUGUUAGGUUAUGUACAGCCCUACCUUGAGUCACUUUAUAAGAGUGCUCGAAAUGAAGGCAAGUUGAGUCCAAGUCCCAAAUAUAACAGAACAUAUUGCAAUUAUAGCCAACAUUGUUAUACUAAUUAUAGCUACUUGAAUGUAAGGGAAUACUGAUCGAUAAAGCGCUUUUCGUUUGUUAUUUCAGAUUCCUAGUCGGAAGAGGAUUUGGAAUCAUAGCAAUUUUUUGUAUCUCUGUAAAUAGUUGGUAAAUUAUUUUUCUAUCUCGAAUUUAUAUCUAUUAUAUUAUGUUGGUAUUUUUAAUAAAAAGGUAUCAAAACGAAA